AUGGCUCUCGUCGACAACGUCAGCGCUCGCCACCAAGAGCUCAUCGCGGGCAUCAUCAAGAAUCUGGGCAACGCUGAGAUCAAUUGGGAAGCCGUCGCUAAAGACGCCAAUUUCAGUUCUGCCAAGUACGCCAAAGACGAGUAUCGCAAGGUCCGCAAGACCCUCGACAGUGUCGACGGCAGUGGUGCUACGGCCAAUGGCGCUGCUGCUAAGAAGAAGGCAUCUCCCAAGAAGCGCAAGAACGACGACGAAGAUGAGACAGGCACUCCGAAGACCAAGAAGGAGAGCAAGAAGAAUGCUUCUAGCUCCGAGGAGGAUGGCGAGAAGGACUCCGAGGACGUCAAAGCAGAGGCAGACAGCGAUGAUGGCGACAUGGUUUAA